UAAAAAAAACACAGAAACGAAAACAACAAAAAAAAAACAAGAGAGAGUGAAAAAAAAAAUAUUCCAUCCAGGAUACACACAGUUUUACAUAUGAUGUUUGCACGGACAAAAUUCACAAACAAGUACCACCGACACCAUAUCCAGCCAUUGCCGGAUGGCCUGAGGAUAUUGCGAAAUCAAACGGAACGAACCCCAAAUUUAAGUGAGACAGAGGUAGAAACAGAAUCAGACUGCUGCACUAGGCAACCGUUCGCUGCAUAAGGAUACGUACAGCUAUAGGACUUGUGUGGGUCAAUAAAUCGCAAAAGGAUAUCCACUGCUGAUGUGCAUAUCUGUAACUGUAUUCCUCCUGCGCUAACCAGAUAGAGAGAGGAAAGUGCAACACAAAAUCAAACGAACAACUUUGACAAAGAAAUCAAACCGUUCCUAGAGCUUAACCACUACACAACCACCAUACUGGCUAUCUCUUGUAUAUUUAUACCCGUGCAAAGCUGAGAAAUGUAAUUCCUGAAUUUAGAUAGGACACUCACACACACACAGAUACAAAUUCAUCUUCUGUAUAUUCACCACAAGCCAGGUGGAAGUGAAACUCAAAUAGCAGCUAUCCUGCAUCCUGCCUCCUACCAGCACUCGGCUACGGCUUCGGUACACAAACACAAACGGCAGCGCAGAGAACUAAAGUUUGUACAAACUUUGAAUCAGGACAAGCGGAAGGGUAAACAAAGGAAAAGAGCCUUAUCGUAAACCGCACACAUAAGCUCACACUACCUUACCUACUAUCCGGGCAUCCGGCGACAACGAUACACAUAAGGAAUAAAUUGGCUAUAAAGUUCAUCGGGCUUCGUUGUAGUCGUCGUCGUACUACUAUAGUCUCAUCGUCAUCGUCGUUGUCGUCGUCAUCGUCGAUUAACUAUACUAUCCCCCUGAAAACCAUAUCCUUGCAACAUGACCAAAUUCUGGAUUUACUUUUGGGGCACCAUGGUAACGUGGUAUCCAUGCUUAUCCAAUGGAUAUCUUAACGUGUUCAUUAGUCACAAGGAGGUCAUGAAACUUAUGGGCCUUGAAGCCGAUUUAUUUUAUGUUCACGAGGGUGCUAUAAACACAUAUGCGAUGCACUUCACAGUACCUGUUCCGGCAGAUGUGCACGACCUGGAAUUCUCAUGGCAGAGUCAAACGACAUAUCCGCUGCCAUACAUAAUCACCAUUGAGUACGAAUCCGACCAGGGGGCGCUAGGAGCGCCCACCCUUAGUAUACCGCCCAAGGGCUAUGUUCCACAAACGAUAGAAACAUUCACCGUACAUCUGCCGUGCACGGGAAAUGCAACCGAUCAAGUACCACUUAGCAUCAAUAUGCAUGUUCGAGGUCCGCCCAGAACGAAUGACACUAAAUUGGGUUUCAAGCGCAAUAAAAUUUGCCUAAAAGGUCUUUUUCCAGCACCCAAUCAGUCACCGGCACCAGCUCAAGCCCCAUCCCAAGGUCCGGCGUUGCUAGGUGCGGCAGCUUGUGCUUUAGGUUUGGUUCUGGUUGUUGGACUGAUUGCCAGUGCUAUGUACGUUCGGGCGAGAAAACAAAUUCGUCAGGAUUCUUUGCAUACAAGCUUUACAACUGCUGCCUACGGAAGCCACCAAAAUGUAUUUAUACGAUUGGAUCCUUUGGGACGGCCACCGAGUGUGAACAGCGGAUCAUAUGCAACGAUUGCCAGCCUGAAUAAGUUCCCGCUGACAGAGUCAAAAAAGUCAUGUAAUAUAUUUGACAGAUUUCGUGGUUCACCUACACCAUCACCAUAUGCGACAGCUCUAUUGCCAAUGGGUGACCAGAUAGCAGAGACGAUAUACUCGAAACCCGAAUCAGUGUGUCCCUCGAGGAUUUCGUAUUACGCCUCAUCGCAACUUACUCAGGUGUAUAGCAUGUCAACACCGAAAAGUACUCGGGGUAGUGGCAAUGACUCAAAGGAAAAACUCCGGCGAAUACCUAGCGUUCAACCGGGCACACUUCUUUGUCAGCAUUUGAUCAAGGAGGGCACGUACGGCCGGAUUUAUGCCGGCAGAAUAGGCGAUUCCUGUGAUAUAUUAAUAAAAACCGUUGUGGAUGGUGCAUCUUUGACACAAGUUGCGUGUUUGCUGCAAGAUGCAUCAAUGCUGAUCGGUGUUAGCCAUCAGAAUAUUCUGGCACCAAUGAUGGCGAACACUGAGCUGCCAGGCCCGCCUGAGAUUGCUUAUCCCAAUCCAGCUAAGGGUAAUUUAAAAAUAUUUCUUCAAAAAUCAAGGGAAACAAACUCUCCACUCAGUACACGAACGCUGGUCGAGUUUGGAUUGCAUGUUACUAAGGGCCUUGCCCAUCUACACUCUUUAGGAAUCUUACACAAGGAUAUUGCCACCCGAAACUGCUAUCUGGACUCGGAAUCCUAUGUGAAAAUUUGUGAUAGCGCGUUAUCGCGUGACCUAUUUCCCGAUGACUACCACUGCCUGGGAGACAACGAGAAUCGCCCUCUUAAAUGGAUGGCCUUAGAAACUUUGCAGAAAAAAUACUACUCCGGUACUAGUGACAUAUGGAGUUUAGGUGUACUAUUCUGGGAGUUGGCAACUCUAGCAACGAUACCAUUUGAAGAAGUGGACAUCUUUGAACUAACGCCGUACCUUAUGGAUGGCUUUAGACUUGGACAACCUAUUAACUGUCCAGAUGAGUUCUUCACUGUGAUGUCAUGCUGUUGGCUGACCGAUCCAAAGCAGAGGCCUUCAUUUCCUCAGCUUUUAGCCUAUUUGCAAGACUUUCACGAAGACUUGGGCAAAUAUAUUUAGAAAAUCUAGCGCUAGGUUUUUUUUUUCGUUAAAGAAAAAUAAAUAUAGCGUGGCGCUCACCAAAAUGUUAAUUUAAAAAAUAAAUAAAAAUAAAAACAAAUUUCUAUUAAAAUAUGAAAAUGGACUGAUUCUGCAGGAGACACUGAAAAACAAGGAAAUUCUGCACACACAUUUAUUGUUAU